AAACAUCGGAUACGAAUCGCUCGAACGAGAAGGCCGAAUCAUAAUACGGGAAUCGAACAAGCAGAAGACUCAGUACUCUGCAUAAUAUCCUAUCUAUGGUGGGAAGGUGGCCAAUUCUUUCAAGAAGUAGAACGAAUUCCGACAAGAAAAGGAACAAAACAAGGGUGGAAAGAAGUUGAAUUGAGACGAGAAGGUGUUUCACGAACGCGAAACAGAAGGAACCCCAAUUCAUACCUGUGAAUGUGAUGCAGGCGAAGCUUUUGUGCGGGUGAAGAAGGCAGGCGGCGACGGAGUAGAAGUUGAGAAGAGGCGUAUAAUAAUGAAUGGGGGAAAUCCGAAACCCUAGGAAAGGUAGGAGGUGAGAUGGGAUCCGAAGCGGAGGAGUAGG